UAUCACACAGGUAGUUGAUCUGUUGGAGGGUCUUCGAUGCUCUGCACUCCCAUGUCUGUGCGAACGAAUCAUUGAGGUUCCGGUCCGGGACUGGGUGUUGACCCCCGCCCUGAAGAAAAAUGGAGAGUACUGCACCAUAGAAGCCCCACACUUGGAUGAAAGUCUGAGGCAGAAAGACGAGACAUCAGAUGAGUCUGAAGAUGAUGAUGUUGGACCAAGCUUCAGAAGUAUUCCCUACAUCGCCAGACCUCAUCCUGAACAGCAUAGUCACACAGCAUUCCUGGUGAAACUAAGGAAAUUUGAAAGUUAAAACAAACCCUGGACACCACUGGUUAUUCACAUUACCAAACAUUUGAAAAAUAAACUGAGGUCAUAAGGUUAA